AUGUCUUACGACUCGAGAUAUCAGCCAAGAGGCGGGAAAUCUGGCCCGCCUUCGCGAGACUAUCAUAAUCGUGAUCGCGGCCGUGAUCGCGAGCGUGAUCGUGACUAUGACCGGAAUCAUGAUUAUGGUUAUGAUCGGGAUCGCGACCAUAACCGCGACCGCGACCGCGACCGCAAUCGUGAUCGUGAUCGUGAUUAUCAUUCGUCGCUUCCCCCACGACCACCCUCGCGCAGCGGUCGCGCUCCGUCACCUGACUCGUACCGGCCUAAUCAGAAUGACCGACAAGACCCUCGAGAUAGGGACUACGCACGUCGCGAUUCUCGGCCUUCACGAAAUGGCCCUUCCCAUCCUCCCCCGCCCCCGCCACGACAUCCGCAGCCACCGCCCCCUUUACAACCGCCCCAGGGCGAUUUCACCUUCAGUGUUGAGAAGCCGCCUGGCAUUGAUAGCUCUUCCUACGAUAGUUACCGACCCAAUGAGGGCAGCUCUUAUCGUGAUCGUCGACCUGGAAAGAAUUUCAAACGCAACGCUCGCGGUGGAAGAGGUGGAGGAGGCUUCGGAUCCUUGCGCUUCUUAGCGGCUAAUCGGCCUAUCUUACGAAAUACACAUUCUACCGGGCCUGAGCAAGCGUUCUACGAUGCUGAUGCAGGAGCGACGUACCGACUGCUGGACGAGCCGUCAGAUAGUGGGGAGGCUGAUAUGGACAUUUCCGGCGACGAGUCUGGCGCGUCUGACGGGGGCAGUGGGUCCCACGAACCCUCCACCAAGCGGACUCGGAUUUCUGUGCAGCAGUCUGCCUCAGACAACAACGCGCCCAAGUGGUCAAAUCCAGAUCCCUACACGGCUCUCCCUCCCCCCGACGCCACACAGCAGAAGAAGAAGGACGUCGUGCAGCUCAUCCGCAACGCUCGUGUGCAGACAAGGGAACAAAAGGCCUCGGUUCCUGCCGACGCGGCCGAGUUCAUAUCGUGCGAUUUUGACGACAGUGACAGUGGUAGUGACGGAGGGGUGAAGGAUAGCUCCAAGCCUGCCAACGCGCCUGGAGUACUUGGAGCCCCUACUGGCCCGCGCAUGCCGAACAUACCGCGCCUUGCAGGCCAAGAUACAAAGUCAAACGACGCGAGACCUGCGAAUCUACCGGAAAAGCCUCAUCACAACACUGCCGCCACUGCUCCCACUUUAGCCACACAGCCCGGCACGAAGCAGAGGAAGCUAGCAGCGGCUGAAGACAUAGGCACCUCAUCACUGGGGUCGCGGAAGCGUACUCACGACGACCGGAUUAUCCUCCCAGCUCAUUCAAGACUCAAGAAGGCCAACAAAAUGCCAGUCCGCGGCUCACUUGUCUGGGACUGGGAGAUCAAGGAUGGCGAAGACCCUUGCCCCUGGCUUGUGGCUGAUCAUUCGGGAUCGGCAAGUAUGGGUGUGUGGCUACACAAGGAGAUCAUGGACUUUUAUGAUUAUGUCCGACCACAAGACUACGAACAGCGUAUUCGCCAGGAGCUUAUCCAGCAGCUCAAAGCGUUUUGCCGCUCGACAUAUAGGGAUGCCGAGGUGUACCCCUUUGGCUCAUUCCCAUCUGGUCUCUACCUGCCAACUGGAGAUAUGGAUCUCGUCCUCUGUUCUGAUUCCUACCUGAAGGGUGGAAGGGCCAAGUAUAGCACUAAGAGUGCCUUGUUCAAGCUCCGGACAUUCCUGCACCACAACCGAGUGGCCCACAUGAACGAAUUUGAGCUCAUUCUCCAUGCCAAGGUGCCGCUGGUGAAAUACAUCGACAGGCGGACAGGUUUGAAGAUGGAUGUGUCCUUCGAGAACUUAACUGGAUUGCAGGCCAUCGACACCUUCAUGGCCUGGAAGGAACAGUACGCCGCCAUGCCCAUCCUCGUUACCCUCGUCAAGCACUUCCUCUUCAUGCGGGGGCUCAACGAGCCGGUCAAUGGUGGUAUUGGUGGUUUCUCCGUCAUCUGCCUCGUUGUGAGUAUGCUGCAGAUGAUGCCCGAGGUGCAGAGCCGCAACAUGAACACGGCACAUCACCUCGGCGAUCUGCUCUUGGAGUUCUUUGACCUCUAUGGCAACCGCUUCAACUACAGGACUACAGCCAUUAGCCUCAACCCUCCCAAGUACAUUUCCAAGAAUGCUGUCACGGCCUUUGCCUACAAGCACCAAGACCGCCUGUCGAUUAUUGACCCGAACAACCCUGGAAAUGACAUCGCGGGGGGAUCUUCCAACACGCCGACCAUCCUGGGCCUCUUCUCCGAGGCACAUCGCCUCCUUUCCAACAAGAUGGUGGCCGUCGCUCAAUCACCCGAUAAGCGCAAUGCAAGCAUCCUUGAGGUCAUUUUCGCCGGGAACUACUCGACAUUCCGGAACCAACGAGCGCACCUCUUGAAGCUCUCCCAGGGUGGUUCGGCUUCCGCUGACCCUACCCCCGAGACCGUCCACGUCGAGUGGUAG